UUCACCUGUAGAGGUUAUGUUUGACUAAUUAUGCCGGAUGUCGGGAUUUAUAAACAUAUAAUCAUGUACUAAUAAUAUAAGUGUAUACAUAUAUACCUUCAAACAUUUAAGGGUUUCAUAAAUACUUUGUCGAAGUGUGAAUUAAAAUUGAAUUAAUGACAAAUGAAGACAAGUACUUACAAUCUCGUAACAGAGCUGUGCUCUAGUGUGUUAAAGGAUGUUGCUGAUGAAAAUCUAGAUAAAAGUGAUCUAGUGAAACAAAUGAGAUCAUAUGCAUUUGAAAUAUUGCUUAAUAAACGGAGUGUUCCAUUGAAAGAUGAUGUUGAAGAUGAUCCAGAUAUGCUAUUGGUUGAUAUCACCGGUCAAAUUUACUGGAGUGCCAAAUCAAAAGGGAACUGGACCAGAGAGACAAAUGAAGCAGUCAAGGAACUCAUGGACAAGGCACAAAUCUUGGUUAGGAGGGAUCAGACAGUUGUGCCAGUACUUAAACUUCUUUUAUACUUAGCUGACAGUGUCUCUCCAACUUCUGAAAAUUUGCAGGAACCCAGUUACGGCUUGGACAUGAAAACAUUGAUAACAGACCAUAGUUUGAAACACAAAUCAAUGAUUAAGUCUUUACCAGCUUUCAAUACAGAAAUGUUUGAGUUUCCUGUAUCGACUCGUCGACCAGUUAUCAAUUUAUCAAGCCACCAAGCAUUUUCUGAAGUUCCUGGAACUGGUCUGAAACACAAGGAGUUUUUCACAGUUCCGGCAUUAGAUGGAUCCUCCACAACAAGAAUUGGAUUGAAGGAUAUAGACCGAUACGAUUUAACUAAUGCUAACUGGAUUUUUCCCAAACUUCUAAGUUCAAAUCCAGAAGAAAACAAAGUUAGUGGAUUUUCAAUAUUCGGCGUGCCUCAGGAUGAAGGAUAUGUAACUCCAGAUCAGGAAAAGGGAUUGGCUAAAGGAGAAUCUCUGUACAUUCCGUGGGAACACAUGCACGAGGAUAAGAGCCGACCAGUUUAUUCAUGGGAGAGUUUCGGGUCUAUUGUGAUGAACAAAGAGAGCCCAUAUCUGUCGCAAAGGCCGGAUGCAAUGGACCAUGUGUGGAGAGUGAUUCGGGCUUAUAAUGUAAGCCCUGCCUCUGUCCCCACACCCAGGAAACUUCUCAGUUUGGAGGAGUUGGACAGAGCCUUUAAAAAUCUCCUUAUUGGAGUUGAGUCAAAUGUUUUUCUUUAUAGCAAUUCAAAGAAGUCUUUUGUUCUGCAAGAAGGCUUAUACUUAAGUGGAUCAGAUGCAAAUACACUAGAAGAAUAUUGCAGAGAUUUCAUAGAAUGUGCAAAUUAUUUUUAUGAUCUCUCCAUACUAAUAGAGCUACCAAGUCAGUCUACAAGUUGUGUAAUAUACCAGACACUGUGCAGCAAUAUCAGACACUACCUGCAAUGUUACCGUGGUAUUGUGUUACGGAUGCCUCCAGUCCGUAGUCUCCUGCAGACACAUCAUUGGCUGCAGAGACUGCGGUCCCAGCUCCACUUUCUGGUCAGCCUGUGCUCAGAGGAAUCCAUGCCUAAGGGAGGAGCCUUGCUGGCCCAUCUGUAUGACCAGGUGCCACUUGUCAGUCGCACUGAUUUGUCCUAUGUCCUUUACUACAUAAUCCAGUCCUGCUGCACCAUCUACUUCAAGUUUUUAAAGAAGUGGAUUUUUGAAGGAGUUGGUAGUGACUCAAGCAGCAAGUUUUUCAUUGAAUCCUGUCCAGUUUCUGAGAUGUCUUUCAACCGUAAAUUUUGGACUCGAAACUUUGUUCUCAACAGAAUGCUUGUCCCAGGGUUUGUGAAGGGACUAGAGAAUGACUUGUUAAUCUGUGGAAAGUCUAUGGCGCUACUGAGGCUCUGUGCUCCCAAUGAGCCAGUGUGUACUCUGCAGCAGCAACAGAAGGUGUGCCCAGAGGUGGAGUGUUGUCUCAAUAGUAGACACUUGCUACAGGUUGAGGCUCAGUGUAAGCAGUACAGGGAGAGAUGUGACACUCUGUGUCUGCAGAUGUUCGGAGACGACUCUCCUAGCACUGGGCCGGAUGAAGACUAUUUUGCCACGGUCAGGGCUAAGUCAUUAGAAAAGAUAAAACAGGUCCAAGAAGAAGAAAAAAGACUAAGGACUGAGAAAAAACGUAUUGAGUUUGAUGCAUUGAAAAAGAACAUGGAGGAAGCAGAAGCUCGAAAAGUUGAGGAUAAGAAAAGUAAAUUGGAAGAAGAAGAAAAGCUGUUACAAGAAGCAAUUAGAUUAGACCAAUUGAAUGAGUUGAGGAAAGAAGAAGAAAAGGAAAAGCUGAUGCAGUACUACUCAGCCAUAUCUAAAGCAGCGGAUAGGAGAAGAGAAAGAGCAGAGUGGAAAAUAAAAAGGGCAGAGCUCCAUGAUAGAAGGGUUGAGUUCUUAAACAAAAAACAGGAGAUGGAGCAUUUUGAAAGUAAUGUUGUAUUAGAGGAAACAGAGUAUCAAGCAGUAACAGGUGAAAAGCAAGAUUCUUCAAACGAAUUGAGAGAACCAAACAACCAGUUGAAAUGUGUAAUGUUUGGGAGUGGAGAUUUCAGUAUACCACCUGAUGAGAGCUCUCGUAAGCCAGUUGUCAAUAGUGAGCUGUCUUCAAACGUAAUUAUUAGUGAGGAACAAAAUGAAACUCAUCAUAAAUUUGAAUUGGAAUUGACAUCAGUGACAGAAAAUCAACCCUCUGUGGCUAACAUACUAGAAGAGGAAAAUAGAGAAUGGCUGAUAGCUUUAGAUGUGGCUGAUCAGGCAAGACAGGCAGCUUCUAAAUUUAAAGAGCGAAACAUGUUCAGUGACUAUAACAUUCUUACUGGUGAAGUGAAAAGUUACAAGAAUAGAUUUGGGCUUAGAAACGAACUUGAAUCAAAAGAGUCCUCUGAAGUUAAGGAACAAGAUCAGAAGGAUGAUUUAGAAGCAAAGGAUGUUUCAGUAAAAACAGUUAAUACUGAUAAAAAUGAUGAAACUGUUAACGCAAGCUGUCCAAAGAAUAUUAAGGAUGAAACUGGAAGUGUUGAGAUAAUAUCUAAUCUUCCUCUUGAGAGACCAACUGAUGAUAAAUCACUAUCCUCAAGUAUUGUAAACUCAGUUUCUAAAGAUAUCUCAGCACACACAGAUCAGAAUAAAAAUUUAUUUAAUGUUGAGUCUAAAAGUGAAUUGAAUGUAGAUGAAAUUGAUAUGACAACUCUAUAUCAAAAUCUUCACAUGUCAGUGUUGUUUCCUCUUUCCACUCAACUAGACCUUGCUAAUAAGGCUGUAUUAAGAUUAUUUUUGAAUGAACAUCAUUUGCUCAAACACCUGGAAUGCAUCAGAAAAUAUAUUUUUCUGUUGGAAGGUGAAUUUAGCCGUAACAUGACAAAGAGCAUAUUUUCUGAAAUGCAAGUUGUUCAGUAUCCUCUUGGUUUACUUAACAUGAUGAGACUCAACUCCAUCCUUCGACUCUCCAUAGGAACCAAUAUAGAUGAGGAAUUUACUGACAGGUUGUCAUUUUUGGUGCGAGAGAAUGAGAUACCCCUUGCUUUUCGCCUGAUUGACCCAAGAGGACUGGACUGCCUGUCCCUGAGAUACAGAACACAUUGGCCACUCAACAUAAUCAUCACUGAAGAAGCAAUCAUCAAAUGCGAUAAGGUGUUCACAUUCUUAAUGCAAUUACAAAGAACAUCUUGGGCACUUGAGCAAGAUAUCUAUCUACUAAAAGAUAAAAGACUUAGUGAUAGCUGGCAGUUCAGGCAGGUCCAGUUAUACCGUCAUAUAAUGACACAUUUUGUAACAACACUCAAGAACUAUGUGACAGCUGUGGUUUUAGAGGAAUCCUGGUUUCACUUUAAAGAAGAUUUUCGGAAAGUAAAAUCUUUAAAUGAUAUUUAUGCUGCACAUGUAAAGUACAUCAAAAUGUUGCUUUUCAGGUGUUUGCUGAACAAGCGGUCACGCACUGUGAACAGCAAUCUGGUGGAACUGUUAGGAGUGAUCUUGACAUUUCACGAGAUACUUAGGAGUGGGGAGUGGAUCCAAGACUCAGCCACUUCUACCCCGCAGUACACACAUUCCGGCUUCCCCCGCCUCUCCCACCAGAUGGACAAUUUUCUGCGGCUGUCACGGUUCCUGUACCAGUAUCUGGACCGUCUCGUGGGUAGCGGCUACCAGCCUCAUCUUGUGCAAUUGCUCACUUUGCUCUCUGCCAACAGCUUCUAUAGCAGUGUCUGAAAACCUCUUUAAGUCUAGUCAAAUCUUUUUCUAAAAUUGUUUGGUCUGUUUGAAAAAUAUAUAUUUUUGUAUUGAGUAAUGUAUAAUGUUUAGAGUGUAAGAAUUAAUUACCUGUCAAUAUUAACUGUUAAGUAAUAUUCAUUUUUUUAUACUUUAUAGUUUCUCAUAAAUUGCUUGUCAUGUAACUACUACAGGAUCUCUCUAAAAAAAAGAAACUAGAGAGUUGCUCCUGUAAAAUUGUGAUAUAUCAUCAAGAUAACAGUAUUAAUGCAUGUGUAAACUACUAAAAGUUUAGCAUAAAAGUAAUUUAAUAUUAGGCUGUACAGGUUUUGUUUUUAAUAAAUUGUAUUUAUAAAUGUUUUUUUUAAGUUUAGUUAUAAUAAAACAGUAUUUUUAAAAUACUCCAAUCAGGAUAUUUGUACAUUAAUCUGUUUGUAAACUAUUUUAUUUCCAAAUGUAUAUUAUUGAUUUAAAUUAUUUUUAUAAUACACAUUGAAUGUUCUUACCUCUGUAAAGUAAAUCAAAAAAGGUGUGAAGGUCCACUCAACAAACAACAGACUUCUUUAAGUAAUUCAAUAUUGUUUUAUAUUGAUUACUUCUAUUUGUAUACGAAAUAUAAGUGCAACAGGUUUGAGUAAAAUAUAUUUACUUUAGGAAAUUCUAAGUUAAAUAAACAGUUAUGACUGUAUCAACAAAUUAAUUGGUGGGUAAAUUGUUUUUUUGUGCUCUCAUUAAAAAGAAACAAUGUUAUUAUGCAA